AUGAGCAGCCCAACAAACGGAGGAAUCGGAUUGGAGCUUCGCGUGACGGAGACUAGUCCACAUCAUUUGGAGAUGUCUGUUACUACCAAGUGGGUGUUAGAAAGGGCUGGUACCAGUAUUGCAGCAAAAGGAGCUGGAGAAGAAGCACCCGGUGGAGAAAAUAAUAAUGGAGGACUUCGGGUGAAAAAGUUUCAAGUCGCUUAUGGCCGUGGCAAAUCACUUUUAGGAGUUGUGGCGGGAAGUGAAGAAGAACGAUCUGUGCUGACAUUUCAAGAGCAAAACUUGCAGGGGAUAAUUGCGUUGGUGGACGGUGGAUACAAUGAUGAGGAGCAAACAAGUCCCGAACGGAAAAUGGAAUUGGCUACCGUGGAAAAAUACCCCUUGACCAUUGGAAGCUGGACAUUGCCACGGCAAAAGCAUGAACGUCCAUUGAGGAUUGAAAUUAUCACGGGGGCCUUAAAGUCUCUGCUGGCCGAGUAG